AUGGGUGAGGAGCACCACCAUGCACCGCCACCAGUUCAGGCGCCUCCAGCUGGUCCACCACCGCCGAAUCUUGCACUUUCUAGAGGCCCAGUGUGGAAUCCAGCUGAACAACUCUUGCAACUUCACUAUUGCAUCCACUCAAAUCCUUCUUGGCCGGAGGCGCUUCUACUGGGUUUUCAGCACUACAUUGUGAUGCUUGGAACAACUGUUCUGAUUGCAACCACGCUGGUUCCUGCAAUGGGUGGGAACCAUGGUGACAAGGCCCGCGUUAUUCAGUCAUUGUUAUUUAUGUCUGGGGUGAACACACUGCUUCAGACCUUGUUUGGGUCAAGGCUUCCAACUGUGAUGGGUGGAUCGUUUGCUUUUUUACUCCCAGUGUUGUCCAUAAUAAACGAUUACACAGACAGAACAUUUCCUUCUGAGCACGAGAGGUUCGUCUACACUAUCAGAACAAUUCAAGGGUCCCUCAUCGUUUCUUCUUUUGUCAAUAUCUUCCUUGGUUUUAGUAAGACAUGGGGAAAUUUGGCAAGGUUGUUUAGUCCCAUAAGCAUUGUACCUGUGGUAUGUGUGGUGGGUCUUGGUCUGUUCUCCAGGGGCUUUCCAUUGCUUGCAAAUUGUGUGCAGAUUGGCUUACCUAUGCUCAUUCUACUUGUAAUAACACAACAGUAUUUGAAGCGUCUUCAUCAUGCUGCACAUCAUGUACUUGAGAGGUUUGCUUUACUUCUCUGCAUUGCUGUCAUCUGGGCAUUUGCUGCUAUCCUUACUGUUGCAGGUGCAUAUAAUACUGCUAAAACACAGACCCAAGUGAGUUGUCGCACAGAUCGCUCAUACCUUAUGUCUUCUGCUCCAUGGAUUAAAGUCCCAUAUCCAUUCCAGUGGGGUACCCCCAUAUUCAGAGCCAGUCAUGUCUUUGGGAUGAUGGGGGCUGCACUUGUCUCUUCUGCUGAGUCAACUGGUGCUUUCUUUGCUGCAGCCAGGCUUUCUGGUGCAACACCACCUCCUGCACAUGUGCUUAGCCGAAGCAUUGGGUUUCAGGGCAUUGGCAUGUUGAUUGAAGGCAUAUUUGGUUCCGUUGUUGGUACUACUGUAUCUGUUGAAAAUGUGGGCCUACUUGGUCUAACACAUAUAGGAAGUCGCAGAGUUGUGCAGAUAUCAUGUGGUUUCAUGAUCUUCUUUUCUAUUUUUGGGAAAUUUGGAGCCUUUUUUGCUUCGAUUCCCCUACCGAUAUUUGCUGCUAUAUACUGUGUUUUGUUUGGUAUUGUGGCUGCUGUUGGAAUUUCUUUUAUACAGUUUGCAAAUACUAACUCCAUAAGAAAUAUCUAUGUUCUGGGCAUAACCUUGUUUCUAGCAAUAUCAGUUCAACAAUAUUUUGUCAAUAACACUGCACCAGAUGGUCAUGGUCCAGUUAAAACAGAUGGUGGAUGGUUUAAUGACAUUUUGAACACCAUAUUCUCUUCUUCCCCAACUGUGGCUAUAAUUGUUGGGACCCUUAUUGACAACACACUUGAAGGAAAAUCUAAAGCUGUGGACAGAGGACUUCCAUGGUGGGUUCCUUUUCAGAAUAGGAAGGGAGAUGUUAGAAAUGACGAGUUCUACCGUCUACCUCUCAGGAUAAAUGAGUAUAUGCCCACCAGAUUUCUCUAAAGUACUCAUAUAUGCUUCUACUUAACCCCUUCUGUGAGCUUAAUUCUCAAAAUUUCAUGUACAAUGACCUUGUAAAAUAUGGUUAAACUAAUUUUUCCUCAAGUGGUCAGAAGCCAAAUUUUACCUUGUAUAAAUGGAUUGGAAUAGUAAUUCUUUGGAUAAACUACUCCAGAAAGAUGCUGAAAUUACUUUUCUCCUCUUAUUCAAAAUACUCUUGAUUUUUAUAGGAGAUAAAUCAGACGCAGUUUAGUCCUUUAUAAUGCAAAUGAACUUAACAGUACUGAAUAAUUGUUGAUGUGUUCCCCCUAUGAUAUUGUGCUCUUUCCUAAAGUCUUAGAAUAAUCAAUAGCUAUUUUUGAAACAUUUUGUUAUUGGUUUCAGUAUUUCAUGAGGUAUGAUGAAGUGCUAAAUACUUGUAUUGUUGCUUUUAAAGUUUCAUUUAGGUGUUUUGUUCUGAGUUUUCAAAGUUGAUAGCUCAUACAGAAAACUUACUGCAAUCACUGUUGUGAGGAAAAAUCUCUAAUAAUUUCACUUACAUUAGAAUAGAUAUUCAUCUUUCAAGUGAAUAGAAUGUGUAUUUCAAUAGCAGGUGAGAAAAAUGUAAUAUGAGGAAUUUUUUUACUGCAGGAGAGUGCAAAUUAUUCCAAUUCUUUAUAUUGUAGUUUCUUUAGUGCAAAAGUUCAGUUUGAGAUGGUAGAUUUUGUUCAUCACCAAGUUGGAUGAUGCUGAGGCUCUAAUCAAAGACUUGGAAUAGAGUAUUCAAUUGUGUCACUCUCAGUAUUAUUAUUGUAGUUUUUCUUAAGUCCAA